AUGGUGUCUCAAAAGAUGGAGUUUUGCAUCGAAUUAGUGAAGAUGGCAGUCUUUUUUGUCGUCACCGUGGCUGAAUCAGUAGAAGAAACUUUCCGUAAGCCUCAGCCAGCUCUUUCGGCAGUUCACGACGGUCGCCGGAACAGUUACGCCAACGUUCCCAUUCCUCUUGUUGGAUUCAUGUGA